AUGUUCAGCCUCAUGGCCAAUUGCUGUCGGGAUUUAUUCAAACGAUGGCGUCAACCAGUAAGGAAGGUGACUUUGGUCAUGGUAGGGCUGGACAACGCUGGCAAGACCGCAACUGUGAAAGGCAUCCAGGGAGAAUCUCCAGAAGAUGUGGCUCCAACAGUAGGAUUCUCCAAAGCAGACAUUAAGCAGGGGAGGUUUGACAUCACGAUAUUUGACCUGGGCGGUGGGAAGCAGAUCCGAGGUAUCUGGAAGAACUACUAUGCCGAGUCCUAUGGAGUGGUGUUUGUUAUCGAUUCCAGUGAUGUGGAUAGAAUGGAGGAGACCAAGGAGACAGUUGCUGAAGUUCUGCGGCAUCCCAGGAUCGCUGGAAAGCCAGUUUUGGUCUUGGCAAAUAAACAGGACCGCGAGGGGGCCAUGGCUGAAGCUGAUAUCAUCGAAUAUCUUUCGCUGGAGAAGCUGGUCAAUGAACACAAGUGUCUAUGUCAAAUUGAACCGUGUUCAGCAGCCCUUGGCUACGGGAAGAAAAUCGAUAAUCACAUUAGGAAAGGACUGAACUGGUUAUUAGGAGUCAUAGCAAAGGACUUUGAAGCAUUACACGAGCGCAUUCAGAGAGAAACAGCAGAGCAGAAAGCCCAGGAGGAGCAAGAUAAACAGAAGAUUGCGGAGAGGGUGAAAAGACUGAGAGAAGAGAGGGAGCGAGAAGAAGCGGAGCGGGAGGGACGAAAACUUGUGGAAGAAGACACAUCUAUUCCUAUGGUCAACCCAUUCCAACCCAUUACUGCCGUUAUCAAGGAGAAUGAAGAAAAAAUCAGGAAAGAAAAAGAAAAAAAGAAACAAAAAAUGCAGAAUGGAAAAGUUGGAGCUGAAAUCCCCCUCGAGUCGAAGACUGAUGAGGAGGCAGAGUCAGACAGUGAGGGUGGUGACAGCAGCCCAACAUCACAAGAUGAAUGUUUAAUGGACUCGUACAAAGAUGCUUUAAGCCAGAAGCUGGAGCAGGAUGACAAGAGAGAGACAGGUAUUCUCUUCGAAACAAGCUGCUUUUGUAUGCAAAAAUAUUGUUCAUUUGUGUACUUUUUUUCUUGCUUGCCUCCAUGUCUAGUGCCACCCGCCAUUGUCAGGUAUGGUCACAAUCAGAUGUCUGGAACUCGAAAGUACAAUUUCCUAUUUAUUGAUCACUGCCAGUGGCAGAGCAACAUCUGCGUAUUACUGUCUGAUCUCUCUGCUUGUUCCCGUGAUGCAGACAAACUGCACUAA